CUCCUUCUUCCCCUACUCGUGGCAUCUUACCAUCGACGAUUUCGAACGAUGCUUGCCUCUGCCUCAUCUAGCCUAUAGUGCAAUUCUUGGUACCGCGCGGCAUGAUCUCAACGCAGCAAACGCCCGCAGGCUCGCCUUCCACGACUGGCCAGCCAUCUCGCCCCUCUCCCUCUUCACAUGCCACCCCAUCAGGCGCCUCCAAGCCGCGCCUCCUCUAUCGUGGCCCUCUACGCCUGAUCGACGGGACAUUACUCAAAGGUGUGGCUUUUGUCUCUACCGUCGACCCCUUCGCAGCUCCCAACAAUGCAGCGACCUCCGCAGGCGCCGGCGCAGACGAUGCUGACAUCUGCCUGGCGUUGGAGAUGGCCAGAGGAAGGAGCACGUUGGGUAUCGAGCAGGUGGAUGAGGCUACCAUGCCAAACACGUCUGCAGGAUGUGAUGUGAGACUUGAAGCUAGUGGAAGGAUCAAAAUGUUCAUUGAUCCUAACGAGCCACUGACUGCUGCCUACUUCGAGCGCAACUUCUGCUGGGGGGACGAUUGGUCUGAUGAAGGGAAGGAGAGGAGCAGGACCGCCUUUCUGCUCUCGACUGGUACAGCGUCAACCCUACUCGCAACCUCAAUCGACGGAAAUGUUACGACAGACGCAGCAUCGCAGUCACAAGAUCCCUUUAUGAGCUCCUACGCAUCCAAAUCAGCGGCGCCUCUCCCCCUCGUAGAGCGACGAAGCGCUGCACUCCAGCUGGUGCUGUUCGCACGAAUGGGAGAGGGAGACUCGGUACUGGAUGUCGUCGUCGGCCGGAGGGUGGUGCAGAAGCGUAGCAAAGCCGCCGCGGCUGGCAAUGGACAAGCUCGAGGGAUGAGCCAAGGUCUCAGACCAGACGAUCCCCUGCCGCGCGUCCCCGCUGCUGCUGCCCUGCAGGACCCUCGACAGAAGACGAGGAGGGAGGGCGAAGAGGAAUCCACCACCGCAGCUUCAGCGUCAGGUUCGACCAUAUGGCGCAAGACGGCUUCUGCACCCAAUCUUGCACGGCCGCCGCUGCCGCCUGCCAGGUCAUCGUCAGGCAGCGCGUCAGACCGAGGAGGAGAUCGCAGCCUCGCGUCAGUCAUGGAGGCUUCCUCGUCACAGGAGCAGCAGGAGCCUGCCUGUUCGAAGACGACAUCAGUGAGGGGGGAAAGCAGCAGCAGCAGUGCUGCUCACGGCAUGACAGGAGGCAAUCACACGCCAGGAAGAAGAGGGGAGAAACGUCGCUCCACAGCUAGUGUGGCGGCGAACAGCAGACGCGGCCCAGAGCAUCUAUUAUCGCCUUCCAAGAGGCGCCGCACUACAGUGGCUGGCCUGCCGAAUGCUGUCGUCCCCACGCGCCCGCCGCCUCUCGCCCUUCAGCCGCCGCGGCCACCGCCAACUCAGCGAAGGCGUUCAGCUGCCUCUCCUACUCCAAUGCCCGAGCCACCGCCCUCGGCCACUCUUGCGGCGCCCUCCGCAAUGACAGCGUCCUCGUCGAAAGGGUACACCGCCCUCGAGCUCAAGAAUCGCAGCGUGAUCAAAAAGCUCGUCCAGCACCAGCUUCUUGGCCGCGGCCUAGAGCGGCGACGAGAUCCCGGAGAUGCGGACGGGCUCGAAGAUGGAGAAGACGCAGAGGAUGGUCCGACCGCAACAGACGAUGGAGGGGCAGGCGACGAAGAGGAGGAAGAAGACUUCGAUCGCCUCUUCCACGGGGCGUACACGUCCACUUGCGUCGCCCUGCGCCGGGACUUGAGCAGGAAAGCGAUUCGGCGCGACGUGGCUGCGAAGGUUGUCAGGUGGCAUUUGGAUCUGUACCUUGAGGCUGGGGAGGACACGGGAGGAGCCGUAGUGACUUCAGGUGGCACGACCGAAGGAUGAGCAAUGUGUCAUGUGGAGCGUGAGGGAGAGGCAAUCCACUGUCCAGUCCACUGUCUAUUAGUCAUUAGCCAUCAUUGCUUCAUCGUGAUGAGGACGGCGCCAAACGGUCCAGUGUCGCCUUUGUCGUCUCGCUCCCUGCUGAUCUCUUCUCUACCCUCCUUUGCCUCUCGUCAUCCUCCCCUUCAUCAUCCUCCCGA